AUGGCGACGGGAGGAGGAGAGCACUGCGACGCCUGCCACGGCGGCUUCGACUUGUGGCGCCCCGCCUUGACGGCGGAGUGCUCGCACAAGUUCCACCCUACCUGCGUCUCCGGCGCCGGCGUCUGCCCGGCGUGCGACGCGCGGUGGACAACCUCGCCGGCCGCGCCGCCGCCGACCACCUUCCGCUUUGGGUCCUCGCCCGCCGAGGCUACGGGCAGCUUGUUUGGACAGAUGGCGCCGCCGGCGAUGGGGUUCUUUGAAGGCUUCCGGCCAUGGCCGCCGUCGUGCGACAGAUGCCACUUCGCCAUCGACACCAGCCAGGCCACCGUCACGUCCGAGUGCCACCACAGGUUCCACCUCCACUGCUUCUUCGGGAGCGUCUGCCCCGCCUGCAACGCGCGUUGGCGCGACGUGGCGGGACCUAACCCUUCGCCGCCGUCCACCUUGUUCCCCGCUGCUCCACAGGCUUCUUGGAUCUUCUUGGAGAGCCAGUUGUACGACGACGACGAGCCGGUGGAGACGCCGGCACAGGGGGCGGCACCCGGUGGCGGCGAGUCCGUCCAGGCUGCAGCAAACAAUGGAUCGCUCGUCAUCAAGACGCACUGCGAGUUCCCGGCCAUCGCGAGGAGCACGCCCAUGGAGAACUUCGCCGUUCUUGUUCAUAUCAAGGCUACUGGCAUCGACGCGGAGGCGACGGCGGUGCGCACACCGGUCGACCUCGUCACGGUGCUCGAUGUGAGCGGGAGCAUGGCGGGAUACAAGCUCACGCUGCUGAAGCGCGCCAUGGGGUUCGUCAUUGAUCAGCUCGGCCAUGGCGACCGCCUCAGCAUCGUCUCGUUCUCCGGCGACGCGCGCCGAGUGAUCCGGCUGACGCGCAUGUCGGAUAACGGCAAGGCCUCGGCCAAGACCGCCGUGGAAUCGCUCGCUGCGGGCGGCGGGACGAACAUCCUCAGGGGCCUUGACGAAGCCGCCGAGGUGCUCGACGGCCGCCGCCACCGGAACGCCGUCGCCAGCGUCAUCCUUCUCUCCGACGGUCAGGACACGUACAAUCUGAACGGCUACGGAGCCAUCAACGUCGGGGGAACCACGACGAACUACAGUGUCCUCGUGCCACCUUCCUUCAAGCGCGCCGGCGACCGAUGCUUGCCGAUUCACACGUUCGGCUUCGGCACCGACCACGACGCGGCGGCGAUGCACACCAUCGCGGAGGAAACCGGCGGCACGUUCUCCUUCAUCGAGAACCAGGCGGUCGUCCAGGACGCGUUCGCGCAGUGCAUCGGCGGGCUCCUCUCGGUCACCGUGCAGGAGGCGCGCAUCGCCAUCACCUGCUCGCACCCCGGCGUGCGCGUCAGGUCGAUCAAGUCGGGAUGCUACGCGAGCCUCGUCGAUGCAGACGGCCGGGCCGCCUCCUUGGACGUCGGCGAGCUCUACGCCGACGAGGAGAGGCGCUUCUUGGUGUUCUUGGACGCUCCAGUAGCCGGAGCCGGAGAAGACGCCACAGAACUGAUCAAGGUGAGCUGCACUUACCGCGACACCGCGAGUCGGCAGUCGAUGGUCGUCGCCGGCGUGGACACCGUUGUGGAAAGGCCAGUGGAGGUGACCGCCGACAUGGAGCCGUCCAUGGAGGUGGCGCAAGAGCGUAUCCGCGUGGAGACAACCGAAGACAUCGCCGCCGCGCGAGAAGCAGCCGAGCGCGGCGCGUACGCGGCGGCGAAGGCAAUACUCACCCGCCGGCAGGAGGCGCUGGCCCGAUCGGCGACGGCGCUGUCCGGCGACGCCAGGAGCGCGGCGCUGGUGUCGGAGGUGCGCGAGCUGGUCGCCCGAGUGGCGGACAGGCGGGAGUACGAGCAGACGGGGCGCGCGUGCUUGCUCGCCGGCAUGAUCUCGCACGAGCAGCAGCGCGCCACGUCGGUGCAUCUCUUCGGAUCUGCGGCGCCACCGUUUUCUUCGUCGUCAGGGACGCCGUUCGCGUCAACGGCGGCGGCGCCGUAUGGGGCUCCGGCUCCGCCGUCGUACGGCGGAUUUGGAGCGUACACGACGCCGGCGAUGCAGAGCAUGAUGGAAUUGUCGUGGAAGAAACGGGAGAAUGGCGGGGAAAGCUCGCUUGGUUCGAAGUGAAGAAGGCAUCAUCUCAGAAGACACCUGCAGUUUGAAGAUCUUAAUGAUUUUAAUUUGUUUACAGCGAUGGUUAAGUACUUUGAGCCUAAAAUUGGCACCAUUGUUUGUAAUCGUACCGUGUGUUAGGUUAAGUUUGGUUGGUUUUGCUGGCAAAACUUUGAUUAGUUUUUGGCUUGUAUUUGUUAAUCCCAAGUCUGAAAUUUAAACUUGUUUGGAGCCUUGUCUACCUAGUUCGGAGUACUUCGAAUCUAA